AUGAUCAGCGAAACCCUUAGUGCUAUGAGAACAAUUCCGUCUCUCGCCAAUAUCUGCAUCGUCGCGCUCAUCGGUGGCAUCUUAACGCAGGUUAUCACCAAUGCCGCCACAUUGACCAUUCUGGCACCCAUCGUUUUCGACUUGUUCCCGGUCUGGUACCCAGCUCACCCCCGCGGACCUUCAGCUCAAGCCGGUCGAGGUCUCGGCUAUACUUUGUUCUCCAACUACAACCAGUUUGGACUUCGGUGGGGACUCCAGAUCCAACAGGGCCUACGACACGCACACUAUAAACAAUUUGAUGCGCUCGAAGCUGGCGCGGCAUGUCUAAAGGAGAGAUCGUCGACUACAGAAGGUUCCCCAAGUCAAGAAGUCAGUAAGGCCAAAAAGUGUCAGUCGAUUGGCGUUCACCCCUUCCUUCUCAGUAUCCCGCUUACGAUUGCCACCUCCCUCGCAUUCAUGCUGCCGGCUUCCACACCCCCGAACGCGAUCAUCUUCUCUAAAGGGCGCGUACCCCUGCUCGAAAUGGUAAGUGUUCUAUCCUCUUGGUUUAUUCUGAUAGUUGAGUAUACUCAGACCAAAUAG